AUGAAGUACACACUCUCUUCCAUCGUCCUCGCGGCCGUUGCUCUCGCCAGCCCAGUCCCAGAAGCCGUUGCCGUCGCACCAGGCUCCUUCAGAAUCAACAACGUCGUCUCCGGCGGAUCAGGAUGCCCCCAGGGCUCCAUCGACAUUGACUGGACCAACAGCCAGAUUCUCCCCAUCUACUUCAGCAAAGAAUUCACCGCCUCCGUCGGCCCCUACGUCCAGCCCGACCAGUCCCGCAAGAACUGCCAGAUCAACAUCGACCUCCGCUUCAGCUCAGGCUACCAAUACGCCGUCUACAGCGCCGACUACGCCGGCUGGGGCGACCUCGACGCAGGCGUCAAGGGCCUCGUGAAGGCGACUUACUACUUCUCCGGCGAGCAGUCACAGAUCUCCACCUCGUCAACCAUCCAAGGCCCCUUCUCCGGCCGCUACACAAAGCACGACGAAAUCCCCCUUAGCGUCUGGUCUCCGUGCGGCAACCAGGCGCUGCUCAACGUCAACGCUGAGGUCGCGCUCACCCCGCUCGGGGGCUCCGCGUCCGGUACCCUCGCCGCGACUAAGGAGAGCUCCAGGUUCACGCACUCUUUGUACAUCAAGUGGAGGCAGUGCUAG